AUGUAUCAUCAUGUUUCUCUAGAUGAGCCUAGUGAAUUUUGUUCCGAUGCACUGCAACAGAAAACAAUACUCCUACCUGAUGAAUGUAUGCAACCUGGUUCAAAUACGUCUGCGUUUGAAGUAGGAGAGUGCUUAGCCAAAAAAUGUCGUGCUGAUAUUACAACAGAUAGUGGAACCUGUGGAGAAGAAAUAGACACAUGCUGCUCUGUCGAAGAGUACCAGGUCGAAUCAAUUAAUUGCACAAAUUAUGAGCUUGAUAUAUUUGUUGUGAAAUCGUGUAGUUGUGCAUCGUGUACCCCAUUAGAAGUUAAAAUUUCAGGAGUAGCAACUGGACUGGAGAAUGGAACACCAGUUAAGUUUGCUACUGUUUAUUUGAACGGAGACAUAAAAGUCCGUACAACAAUUGUAGGAUCAUUUGAAUUCAUGGUGAACAGUACAAGAUCAAGAUGGACCAUUACCAUUGAAGACGAUAUUUACAAAUUAUUUUUACCAGCUUCCAAAGUUGUAGAGAUAUUUGAUGACUUUAACGGCCUUAUAAUUGUUGAAAUCAAAAUGAUAAAAGCGUCGGAUCCAGUAGAAAUUGAUUCAGCUAUUGACAACAUGUUAAUGGCAGGUUCGAGUGGUUCCAACGUUUCAAACGUUUUGUUUGAAAUUCCAGCACAUGCAUUUUGUUACAGAAAUGGCAGUAAGUAUACAGGAACAGUUGAGGCAAGACUUACUUAUCUUGAUCCAUUGAACACCUCAAUAAUAGAGCAUAUUCCGGGAUCGUUUCAAUACGUUGAUGACGAAGGACUGACAGGGGAUUUGAUUUCAAUGGGCGUUUUCAAUCUUUAUUUUGAAGAUACGUCUGGACAGCCUAUCGUAUUGAAUCAAGUUGUUGAUGCAUAUAUACCAGUAGAAAAUGGAGAAAAGGGGACUUAUGAAGACUUUAAACUUUGGACUUUGAAUUCUCAAACCGGAGUAUGGGAGCAUGAAGGAGAAUAUACCGAUAGGCGUAGGAAAAGGAGACAGACGGACAAUGUUUGGGUCGGGGCUCUCGCAGAUGUCUCCGAGCAAAAAUGGUACAACUAUGAUAAAGUUAACAGGCUGUCAGACAAUCUUUGUUAUUUCAAAAUUCGUCUCUUUAAAGAUAAAAAGCAGGCGGUACCUAUUGAUUAUCCAUCAAAUGGUAUAACCGUCAGUACCAAUAUAAUUCGAGGACGUACAUUACAUACCAUCGCGCAUUAUGUAUAUAGUCCUACCAGCAAGUGCCUCAAUGCACCGUGCGAUCACGAAAAUGGUUUCAUAACCGGAAAAACAAGCAUACAGCUUUUAUCUGCAGGGAAACCACACCCUUCUACUGGCAUAAAAUACUCAAUUUCUUCAGAUGAAACGGUUCUUACAGUUCAACUGAUAUCGUCAGUCGAUGGGCCAUUUCACUCAACUAAGGAUUUAUGUGCUUCAGCUCCUGUUGAUAAAUCAUACCUGAGUUUUUCCUACGGCAUUACAAACUACGAAUGGAAAUUCAUCGAUUUUCCUAGGCAAUGUGACGAUAAAAUUUCAAAAAUGAAUCCUUUAAUUCGUCAAAGGUUCUGGUACCCUCGUUCGCUUCAUUUUAAUGACAAAUAUAGUGCUUGUUUUGUAAACAUUAAAAUUCAAUUUAGAUCAGGAAAAGAUAUACAUAAAGGAGAAAUGAAAUUACGAGCAUUUAGCUAUGGUGGAUAUGGAAGUAAAAUUUACGGCAAGAUACUUGGUAUCCAUGAAUCGGAUGUUCAAGGUUCCCAAACAUACUGUCUUGAAUACAGAUGCAGCGGUUAUAUUGAUACCUGCAAUUACAGCGUAUGUGACAAAACUAUAGUUAGAAUAAUUCUUGAGUAUCCUAAAAAUAUCUUAAGAUGUUACGUUGAUGAAUCAGCAAACGGGCUAGAGAACGCAUACACUUACAAUCAUCAAAACUCUGACUACACGUACUUUCAGUUCUCAGCGCCGCACGAGGAGUUCGGGACCAACGCUGGUAUUCACUUUGAAACCAAAGUACCAGCUGGUAAUCUUGAAAACGUUAAGGAUGAUUUAAAAGAUGAGUGUCUGGACAAUUCACACUAUGCUGUGAAAUUUUAUUGUGAAUAA